CAGCGGAGAGUUUAAGAACAACAGUCCGGCGUGCCUUUAGUUGGUCCAGAAAAGUACGCGUGCGGCAGUUCCACGGACGCCCUGUGAGGACGAUUUGUGUUUGGGAGAGCGGAGUACAGGGAGGUGCCGGGCUGGUGAGAACUGUGGCAAGCGGAGCCCAGGAGCCCGGCGAGGUCCCGAGCUUGGUCGCCUCUCGCCCCCCCCGCCCCCGUAGACGUGCCAUGGCGCAGUUCGUGUUCGAGAGCGAUUUGCACUCACUGCUUCAACUGGACGCCCCCAUCCCCAAUGCACCGAUUGCGCGCUGGCAGCGCAAAGCAAAGGAGGGCACAGGCCCAGCCCCCUCGCCCAUGCGGGCCGCCAACAGAUCACACAGCGCCGGCCGGACCCCGAGCCGAACUCCCGGCAAAUCUAAUUCCAAGGUUCAGACCACCCCUAGCAAACCUGGAGGUGACCGCUAUAUCCCCCAACGUAGUGCUUCCCAAAUGGAGGUGGCCAGCUUCCUCUUGAGCAAGGAGAACCAGCCGGAAGACGGGGGGACACCCACCAAGAAGGAGCAUCAGAAAGCCUGGGCUCUGAACCUGAACGGUUUUGAUGUGGAGGAAGCCAAGAUCCUCAGGCUCAGUGGAAAACCUCAGAAUGCCCCAGAAGGCUACCAGAACAGACUGAAAGUACUCUAUAGUCAGAAAGCUACGCCUGGCUCCAGCCGGAAGGCUUGCAGAUACAUUCCUUCCCUGCCAGACAGAAUUCUUGAUGCCCCUGAAAUCCGGAAUGACUACUACCUGAAUCUUGUGGAUUGGAGCUCUGGAAACGUACUGGCUGUGGCACUGGACAACAGUGUGUACUUAUGGAAUGCUGGUUCGGGUGACAUCCUGCAGUUGUUGCAAAUGGAGCAGCCUGGAGACUACAUAUCCUCAGUGGCCUGGAUCAAAGAGGGCAACUAUCUAGCAGUGGGCACCAGUAAUGCUGAAGUGCAGCUAUGGGAUGUACAGCAGCAGAAACGACUUCGAAACAUGACCAGUCACUCCGCUCGAGUAAGCUCCCUAAGUUGGAACAGCUAUAUCCUAUCCAGUGGUUCACGGUCUGGCCACAUCCACCACCAUGAUGUCCGGGUAGCAGAACACCAUGUGGCCACACUGAGUGGCCAUAGCCAGGAAGUAUGUGGGCUGCGCUGGGCCCCAGAUGGACGACAUUUGGCAAGCGGUGGCAAUGAUAACAUUGUCAACGUGUGGCCUAGUGGUCCUGGAGAAAGUGGCUGGGCUCCCCUGCAAACAUUCACUCAACAUCAAGGUGCUGUCAAGGCUGUUGCAUGGUGUCCCUGGCAGUCCAAUAUCCUGGCAACAGGAGGAGGUACCAGUGACCGACACAUUCGCAUUUGGAAUGUCUGCUCUGGGGCCUGUCUGAAUGCUGUGGAUGUUCAUUCUCAGGUGUGCUCCAUCCUGUGGUCUCCCCACUAUAAGGAGCUUAUCUCAGGUCAUGGCUUUGCCCAGAACCAGCUGGUUAUUUGGAAGUACCCAACCAUGGCCAAGGUGGCUGAGCUCAAAGGUCACACGGCCCGGGUCCUGAGUCUCACGAUGAGUCCGGAUGGGGCCACAGUGGCAUCAGCAGCAGCUGAUGAGACUCUACGGUUGUGGCGCUGCUUUGAGCUGGACCCUGCGCUUCGGCGGGAGCGGGAAAAAGCCAGUGUAGCCAAAAGUAGCCUUAUCCACCAAGGCAUCCGUUGAAAACAAACCCAUUUCCCGUCUCGAUUUCUUUUAUUUUUUUUUCUAAUAAACUUUGUAUCUUUCUU